UGCCGGUUCCUUGCCCAAAUCCCAAUUCGCUCUGUACCAAGAGAUUGACGCGAAGCCGCUCUCUGCAUAUCCACAAGUAAGAACUCGAAGUUCAUUUCCAAACCCAAAUUCAUCCUCUUUCAAUUCAUUUGUAACAUUUUUCUUCCACCGAUUCUUCGCUGGUGCGCAACUUCGUACAAUGCCGGCACAAAGUUAACGAUUAGGGGAAUUGCUGGGGGAUGAAGCAGGUGUAUAGCGGCUCAACUUGGCUGGAGUGAUAAUCAAGAACGAAGAUGACUGCAUUUAUUCAAGCGAAGAUCUGCCCUGCAACUAUUUCAACGUUGGAUAGAAUCUCAAGUGAAAAUGGGCAUAAACUGCGAUCCAGGUCUCAAGUUGUGCUACCAUCUCAAGAACUUUGUAGGCGUGAUUUAUUGUGUAAUGGCAUGUCAUUUGUUGCCUUUCUCACGUUCAACAAUGCAUUGACACCAUUGUUGGCUCGGGCCGAAGAAAUGCCAAAUGACAAGGAGGAAGAGGAAAAUGGAGUCAUCGGGACGAUCAAAUCAAUAUUCGAUCCAAAUGAGAGAACCAAAUCUGGGAAGGUAUUGCCCAAGGCUUACCUGAAGUCAGCAAGGGAGGUGGUGAAGACGCUGCGUGAGUCAUUACAGGAAGACUCCAAGGAUGGUGCUAAAUUUAGACGAACUGCAGAUGCUGCAAAAGAAUCCAUUAGAGACUAUUUAGGCAAUUGGUUGGGGCAACAAGCAGUUGUUCAAGAGGAAUCUUACGCUGUGCUAGAGAAAGCAAUAAGGUCAUUGGCAGGUUUUUAUGCAAAGGCUGGGCCAUCUGCACCAUUGCCGGAAGAUGUUAAAUCUGAUAUACUGAAUGAUUUGGAUAAGGCUGAAGAAUUCUUGUAAUUGAUGAGCAUUUGAGCUCUAGAUUAAUAUUUUUUGAGGUAUGUAGCAUGUUAGGAAUCACGACCGAUCUCCACAAUGGUAUGAUAUUUUCCACUUUAAACAACCAUAGAUUUGCUUUCGAUUU